AUGGCUGGCGUGGGCGUCAGCGAGGCCAAGGACCUCAUCUGCGAGCUAUGCCGGCUCUUCUACGAUCAGGGGUGGGUGUCAGGCACGGGCGGCGGCAUCUCUGUCAAGGCUGGCGACGACCGGAUCGUGAUGGCGCCCUCUGGCGUGCAGAAGGAGCGCAUGCAGCCCUCUGACAUGUACGUCCUUGAUAGCAAGGGGGACGUGGUUGAGGAGCCCAAGGCAAGGCCGCCGCCGUACCCAGCGCCCAAGCUGAGCGAGUGCUCCCCUCUGUUCAUGGCGGCGUAUGAGCUGCGCGGCGCGGGCGCCGUGAUGCACAGCCACUCGCUCAACGCGGUGAUGGCGACGAUGCUCGACCCCCAGGCGACUGAGUUCACAGUGACUCACCUCGAAAUGAUAAAGGGCAUCGCGGGCCACGGGUUUUAUGGCAACUGCGUGGUGCCCAUUAUCGAGAACACCGCGCGCGAGUGUGAGCUCACAGACCGGCUGCGCCAGGCGAUCGCGGACUACCCCCAGGCCAACGCGGUGCUCGUGCGGCGCCACGGCGUGUACGUGUGGGGCAAGACCUGGAUCCAGGCCAAGACGCAGGCGGAGUGCUAUGACUAUCUGUUCGCGGCCGCCGUGAAGAUGGCGCAGCUGGGCCUCGACGCCUCGCGCCCGCCCGCGCCGCUGCUCGCCGCCGCCGCCAACGGCGCCCGCGCCAACGGCGGCUCCGCCGCGGAGGCCGGCGGCAAGCGCGCGGCUGAGGCGGCGGCCGGCGGCAACGCCAAGCGGGUGCGGGGCGGGCGGCGGCCGCCGGCGGCGGUGGUGCUGGACAUUGAAGGGACCGUCGCGCCCAUCAGCUUUGUGGCGGACACGAUGUUCAGCUACGCGCGGCAGCACGUGAGGGGCUACCUGGAGGGCGGCUUUGAGGGCGAGGAGGUCCAGGCGGACGUGGAGGCGAUCAGGCAGCAGGCCGCCGAAGACGGUGGCGCCCCCAUCCCGGCCGCUUCGGCCGGCCAGGCGGCGGUGGUGGACGCAGUCGUGUCGUGGGUGGAGGCGGCAAUCUCGGCAGACCGGAAGGUCGGCGCCCUGAAGCAGCUACAGGGCCACGUGUGGCGCGCGGGCUUCAAGUCGGGCGCGCUCGUGGCGCAGCUGUUCCGGGACGUGCCGGACGCCCUUGCCGAGUGGCGCAACGCGGGGAUCAAGGUGUACAUCUACUCGAGCGGCUCGAGGGAGGCCCAGCGGCAGUUCUUCGGCCACACGCAGGUGGGGGACCUGCGGCCGUACCUGAGCGGCUUCUUCGACACAACAUCGGGCCCCAAGUCCGAGGCCCGCAGCUACCGCGAGAUCGCCGCGGCCCUCGGCGUCGACCCGUCCGAGGAAGAGGUCGUCUUUGCGACGGACGUGGCGGCCGAGGCGGUCGCGGCGGCCGAGGCGGGGUGGCGGCCGGUGCUGGUGGUGCGGGAGGGGAACAAGCCGCUGCCGGACGGGCACGGGUUCAGGGUGAUCACGAGCGUGCAGCAGCUGCUGGAGUGA